AUCUGAACUCCCCUCCGAAGCUUGUCGAUCUACAAUGGCGUCUCCAGCCGUAGUCGCUUCCCCAGCCAUCGGCCGCUCCUCAUUGAAGACAGAAACCUUCGUGGACAACAAGCGCAAGGACGAUGUACGCAAGGCCAACAUCGCGGCGCCGCGAGCGGUGGCUGAUGCCGUCAGGACAAGUAUCGGACCGAAAGGAAUGGACAAGAUGAUCUCCACGGCCAAUGGGGAAGUCAUCAUCACAAACGACGGGGCUACCAUCCUCAAUAAGAUGGAUGUCCUCCAGCCUGCCGCCAAGUUCUUUGUCGAGCUAUCCAAAUCUCAGGACAUCGUCGCUGGAGAUGGCACCACUACCGUCGUCGUCAUUGCCGGUGCUUUUCUGAAGGAAUGCCUUUCUCUGAUUUCAGCAAGUAUUCACCCUACUAUUGUGUCGGAAUCUCUCCAUAAGACAUCCUUUAAGAGCGUAGAGGUCCUUACCGCAAUGGCUAUUCCUGUUGAGCUUUCCGACAGAGAUUCCUUUGUUAAAUCUGCCAGCACCGCGCUAAACAGUAAGGUAGUGUCUCAGUAUUCGACUCUUUUAGCUCCUUUAGCCGUUGAUGCCGUGCUUUCAGUGGUUGAUUCUGAAAAACCAGAUCUUGUGGCUUUAAACGAUAUUAAGAUUGUGAAGAAAUUGGGUGGUACUGUUGAUGAUACUGAGAUGGUGAAGGGUAUAGUGUUUGGUAAGAAAGUGAGUCAUGCCUCAGGUGGCCUGACUCGAAUUGAGAAAGCUAAAAUUGCUGUGAUCCAAUUUCAAAUUUCCCCUCCUAAGACAGAUAUUGAGCAGAGCAUAGUGAUUUCAGACUACACUCAGAUGGACAGGAUUUUGAAGGAAGAGAGGAACUACAUUUUGGGGAUGAUUAAGAAGAUUAAGGCCACUGGUUGCAAUGUUUUGUUGAUUCAGAAGAGUAUUUUGAGGGAUGCAGUUACAGAGUUGUCACUACAUUAUCUUUCCAAGGCAAAGAUCAUGCUGAUUAAAGAUGUUGAAAGAGAUGAGAUUGAGUUCAUCACAAAAACUUUGAAUUGCUUGCGCAUUGCAAAUAUUGAGCAUUUUAGGGCGGAGAAACUAGGGCAUGCAGAUUUGGUGGAGGAGGUAUCUCUUGGAGAUGGUGGGAAAAUUUUGAAGAUUACUGGAAUUCAGGAUAUGGGCAGGACUGCAUCUGUUCUGGUUAGAGGCUCCAAUCAGUUGGUUACUAAUGAGGCCGAGAGGAGUUUGCAUGAUGCCCUGUGUGUCGUUCGAUGCUUGGUAAAGAAGAGGUUCUUGAUUGCAGGUGGUGGGGCACCAGAGAUUGAGCUUUCAAGACAGUUGGGUGCAUGGGCAAAGGUGUUACAGGGUAUGGAGGGUUACUGUGUGAAAUCAUUUGCUGAUGCUCUUGAGGUCAUUCCGUACACACUAGCCGAGAAUGCUGGACUGAACCCAAUCACUAUUGUGACCGAAUUGAGGAACAGACAUGCACAAGGUGAACGGAACACUGCAAUUAAUGUAAGGAAGGGGCAGAUCACUAACAUUUUGGAGGAGAACGUUGUGCAACCUCUUUUGGUGAGAACAAGUGCCAUUUCCUUGGCUACUGAAUGUGUGCGGAUGAUUCUGAAAAUUUAUAACAUUGUCACCGUGAGGUAGACUAAAAUAUUUCCUCUCAUCUUCUAUUACUCGCGCAUUCAUCGUAUGUUUGAUGGUUUUUGUUGACCUUUAAAAGUAAUGCUUUGUCUGUUACUUUUACAUAGCUGCUUCCUAGAAUCUUUACCUUGGUUGUUUGUUCUCUUUUGAUGUGUGCUUCUGGUAUUAGAAUGAAUAUUUAUGAGAUACUUAGCUGUGAUAUCUCUAUGAAUGGAGGAACUGGUUUUUCUUGUUAGCUGUGAUAUCUCUUUUCCCAGUUUAUAUAUAUAUUUAAACUGGGAAUUUAUUAAUGGAAGAAAAGGUACAAAGACGG